UAACAAAUGUGACAAAUAUAUUUUUGGAAUAAAAAAGUUUUGAUUCCGUUAUGUUGAAUGAUUGCAUUGCAUGAUGGUACGGUAAAUAGGGAUGGAGAAGGUGAAAACUCAGUGGCGCCGAAUUCCGUGAUUCCGUAUUGUCAAAUAAAGGGAUUAAAUUUCUUAAGAUAAUUUGAUUUAAUACUAUAAUGUUAUUUAUAUUCAUUUUAUUCAAUAUUAUUAUUGUUUUAAUAUUAUUUUUUACUAUGUUUCUUUAAACUGUAAAUCAAGCCAUCUGUUGGAUAAGGGAGUGCUGCUAUCUGUCAUGCUUGCCUCAAAACCUAGUGAAGGUGUGUGAUGCGAUAUAAUAUUGAGACCUUUGCUAGUGUUGGGUUGUCUCAAUGGUGACGACCGUGUUGUAAAUCUAAUACAUCACUAGUGUCAGUCACCUGACCAAAUAGAUAGUUCUUAUUGGAGAAAAGUUCAUGAAUUAUUAAUGAGGUUCCUUAUGGCAAUUACCUGGAGCACAUUAGUAGUAAUGCAUUUCGUUUUUUGAAUCCUGUUUGCAGUCUUACAGCGGCUUUUGGAAUAGCGGUGUUGUGUUUCAAGCUAUCUCAUGUUAUGGUGUUAGCGUCGCCAUAUGUGAUGAAUCUUGUGACAUCCUUUUUGAAGUAUUGUAUUUUUGAAGUUGCUAUUCGAUAGUCGUGAAAAUAUUUUGAAUGUAUUUGUAUUCCAUUUUCCUAUGCUAAAUUAUUAAACAAUUCUAAAACAAAGUGUCUAAUCUGCGUCGACUUGAUUCAAGUGUCUGUUUACUCGUAUUACAUUCCUUGGAUGCCUGGAUCUCUACUUCCUUGUCAAAGAAGGGUCAGACAAGAUCGAUUUCACUUUGGAUGCGAAGGAGUAUAUGCAUGGACAAAGAUGUUUUGGCUUUUGAUAUGUAUUUUACUGAGCUUUGGCACCGUAACAAUCGAAGGAUGUUUCAAUGAUCUACAUGGAGAAAGCGGAAAGUUGUCGAUUAAUAAAUCCAACUGUUUAUGGACAAUUGGAAAAGGCAAAAAUAAUAUCAAUUUCAUAGUCAUCAAAUUCCAGCCAUUUGAUCUCGGAUAUAGAUGUUAUUAUUAUCAAGCGACCUACUUUGAGAUCGCUGAUGAGAAAUAUGAAUUUAGAGUUAGAGAGUGUGGUGGAAUGCGCCCAUUUGAAGUUUUGAUCAAGGAUCGUCCAGCAGUAAUCAGAUACCACUCUGAUAAUGGCUACUGGCACAGGUUUUCUGGAGUUAAUGUCACCUUCUACAUCAUCACUCAGAAAUUGUCAGGUUUCAAUGCAGAGAGCUGGAAACCUGUUUUAAAAGAAUCCAAACCUGGUGAAGUAACUGUUAACUGGGAUCCCUUGACGCUGCCAUCAAAGAACUAUAUUGUUGUACCGUUGUAUAACUCUACUGCGAAAGGGGAGCCAUUCCUGCACAUCAUUGAACAUAAAAAUAACACAUCAAUAGCAGUGGAAUACCUUAAACCAGCUACUUCAUACUGGUUCAAAGUUAUUGCUUUUGAUCCUACGAAUACGACCGGGUCCUUCAUCGAAGCCACUACAUUAUCUCUUGCAAUGAAAAAUGAGACCUUGAGGUUAAUGGGUGGACAAUUUUCCAACGAGGGAAGAGUUGAAGUAUUCAAAAAUGGCUCAUGGAAUAAGAUAUGCGGUUAUCCUUGGUGGAAUACCAAUACUGCUAACGUUGUGUGUCGAUCGUUGGGUCUACCCAGUCCUACUCAUAAUACGCCUCGUGGACUGCUUCUUGCGUCAGCAACCCCAGUAGACACGACCCUAGUGCUUUCAUAUCUUUGUAAUGGAACGGAAACAAAUCUCAAAGAAUGUUCAUGGAUUAUUGCAUCUUCAAUUUGUCAGCGAGCAAAUUUGUCUUCUCAAGCUGAAGUGGUAUGUGGACACCCAUCAGUUUUCCAUCAAAAUAUCACUGAGAUGACUGGUGUUAUUACAAGCCCUGGAUAUCCAUCAUUCAUGAUGCAAGCCGAUUACCGCUGGACAUUCAUGCAAAGCUUGACUCGUACACAUGUAGUUCUAAAAUUUGAUGAACUGGAUUUACGGCGGUCUUGGAAUAAUGGUUACAGCAGUGUUUCCAUUCAGGAAUCCGGCAGAGUGUAUCGCAACCGUUUGUAUCAUGGAGUUGCAACAGUGUUCACUUUACCUGGCCAACUUAAGUUUUAUUCGUCUGUUUCAACUCGUCGAUAUAUUAAUAGUCAGUCUGGAAGGGGAAUGCUAGUAAGGUUCUUUUCCUGCAGAGAACAAGAGUCUACACUAAAUAAUUGGACCAUAUCAUUUUCGAGCCACCACUACAACAGUAUCUCUGCCCAUUGGACACAGAGUAAUGUUACAGGCUAUGAUAUUUUGGGAUUUUUGAUGUCCUGCAAUUCUAAACAGGAGUGGGCUAACGAAACAUUUUACCAUUUUGGAGAAAGCAAUUCAACCACUUUGACUUGCAAUGGGCUUAUUUGGUACACUCAGUAUGACGUGUAUGUGUUGAUGAUGGUGAGAACAGGAGAUACCUGUACAGCAUACAAGUCAAACACGUCAAUAACAACACAAGAAUCGUGUAAGUUUUUAUUUUUAAGCAAUUAGCAGUUAUUUCCCAUUCAUUUGCUAGUGAUAACUAUAAUGUUUGUUAGUGAUUAAUAUGUUUUUCUUCUUGCUUCCUCAUCUUGUCUUCUUUCUUCCUUGUAUUAUCUCCUUCGUCAUAAUCUCACUGCCUUACUUGGCUAUCCUUCAUUUUGAUUCCCAUCUCCCCUUAACUCCCCGUAUAUUCCAUCUAGCGUCACUUUAUGAGAGUCAGUCCUACCAUUGACGUGAUUCAAGACAUUCGGUUUGUUUUUGUUCUGUUUCGUUCUGAUUUGUUUAUUUUUGUUGCAUUUUUUUAGUUAAAUUCGCAAGAAUUCGUGAGCUGGGGCAUUAGGGUGGAAUUAAUAGAUCAAUAUUGUCAAAACAAUUGUCACAUUUUGUAUUUGAACGAUUCAUAUUGAGAAAAAAAUAACUGAAAUUAUGAGAAGAAAAAAAAGAAAACUUUGGAGACCUGGCAAUUAUUUUGCCUCUAAGGUUUCCUAACACUUAUAGUGCAAGUCCAGAUAAAAUUAGUAAAACUCAGUUUAGAACUAAAGGGACUGGAUUUUUAGAAAUGAGGUUUGGCUAAGCUCGUCCUGUCAUGAUAAGCUUGAAGCUUUUCUAUUAACUGCAACAAUU